AUGAACGUCUUCCGUAUAGCGGCUGAUAUGGCGCACUUGCUUGCGAUCAUCAUUCUCCUGCUCAAAAUCUGGAAGAGCAGAUCGUGCUCCGGAAUCUCGGCUCGUUCGCAGAUUCUGUUCGCUAUCGUGUUCACUGCUCGCUACUUGGAUCUUUUCACCACCUACAUUUCGCUUUACAAUACGUUCAUGAAGAUCACAUUCCUUGUUGCCACCUACGCUACCGUGUACUUCAUCUUCUUCAAGUUCCGUUCAACCUAUAUGCGCGAAUCGGACACUUUCCGCGUUGAGCUUCUUAUCAUCCCAUCUGCGAUUCUGGCUUUCCUCAUCAAUCACGACUAUGCUCCAUUCGAACUCCUCUGGACUUUCUCCAUCUACUUGGAAGCUGUUGCUAUCCUUCCACAGCUCUUCCUUCUUCAAUCUACUGGUUCCGCUGAGGUCAUCACUGCUCACUACUUGUUCGCUCUUGGCUCAUACCGUGGUCUCUACAUCUUGAACUGGAUCUACCGUUACUACACCGAGGAAUACUUCGAUCCAAUCGUUGUUGUCGCCGGAAUCGUCCAAACUGUUCUCUAUGCCGAUUUCUUCUAUCUCUACGUCACCCGCGUUGUCCAAACCCGCAAGGGAAUGGAGCUUCCGAUCUAA